AUGUCUGAGUCAGGAGCUGGAGUUGUUAUGGGAGAUAUUGAGGUUGUCCAGGAUUUUGAGGAUGUCUUUCAGUCACUGAAGGGAUUACCACCAUCUCGGUCUGAUCCUUUCACGAUUGAGUUAGAGCCGGGGACAGCACCGAUAUCGAAGACGCCUUACAGGAUGGCGCCAGCUGAGUUGGCAGAGCUGAAGAAGCAGAUAGAGGACCUUUUGUCUAAGGGGUUCAUUCGACCGAGUGUUUCACCGUGGGGAGCACCGGUGUUGUUUGUGAAGAAGAAGGAUGGAGUUUCAGACUUUGUAUCGAUUACAGAGAUCCCGAUAGAUGAGGCAGAUGUCAGGAAGACUGCUUUCAGGACGCGUUAUGGGCAUUUUGAGUUUGUGGUUAUGCCUUUCGGUUUGACUAACGCGCCGGCAGCCUUCAUGAGAUUGAUGAACGACGUGUUCAGGGAGUAUUUGGACGUGUUCGUCAUCAUUUUCAUUGAUGAUAUUCUGGUAUACUCGAGGAGUCAGGAGGAGCAUGCGACUCACUUGAGGUUGGUUCUGGAGAGAAGCUUCGGGAGCAGAAGCUUUUUGCUAAGUUGA